ACUGUUCCGAGCCGCCACCAACGCCCUUCAAAUACAGCCCACCAUUGUUAACCCCUUCCUCAACCAUAUUUUUUAGUUGAAACAAGCCUACUUUUCACCUUACAUUAACACAGGGAGCCCCUCCCCAUAAAUUUCAUCCUCCUCCGCUCCACUCCAAUCCCAUCCUGGCAUUAUCUCGGGGCAUUCGAAUAACCCCGCGUCGAAGAGUAGCGUCUUAAUUUUCGGCUUUUGGAGAUGGAGGACUCGUAUUCGUCAUCGCCCGACAACAGCACAACUUUCUCUUCCAUUUCUCCGUUUUGCUCGACUUCUUCUUGUACCAGAAGGUCUGCUCCCAAGGCAACACCCUUCAGAAUUCUUUUGCAAAGUUUUGGUCUUUCGUCCGGUCUCCGAGCGAGCCCAAGAAUUCAGGACCCCGGCCAGAGACGGCGAUCCAGGAACCGACCAGAACGGAUAGGAGGAGCGAUCACGACGCUGGAAGUUCCGGGUUCCUCUGCAGGGAGGAGGUGGAGAUGGUGAUGGAAAGGCUGGGGCUUUCUUGCUGCCCGGCCAGCGAUGGCAGGAUUCGAGAGGUCUACGGACCCGACGAGAUAUCGGGUGUCUUGGACGAGAAGGAGCCGACCUUGGAAGAGGUCGAGGGGGCUUUCAUGGUGUUCGAUGGGAACAGAGAUGGUUUCAUCGACGCAGAGGAGUUGCAGAGGGUCCUAUGCAGGUUGGGGUUCAAGGAAGGGAGGGAGAUAGAAGAUUGCGAGAAGAUGAUCAGAUCAUUUGAUCGGAAUGGAGAUGGGAAGAUUGAUUUUGAGGAGUUCGUGAUGUUCAUGGACAACUGAUUCAUUAAUUUCUCCGAAUUAUUUGAUUUUUUAGUUUUUUGGGUCAUAUAUAUGCAAGGGUAAUGCGAGGACUUCCCGUAAUAAACAUGAUUUAUUUUCCGGAUCAAUGUAAAUAUCUUUGAUAUUCGAGUUUAUGUACUCAAAUAGAUUUGGGUUAAGAAAAAGAGAUGCGUAUUAUGAAGUUCCUACUAUGUAAAGUUUGAGAAGACCUUGUGUGUAAUAGAAAUAUCACGUAGAAUUAUGUUACAAGACACAUAGAAUAUUAUUUUUGACAAUUAUUUUUGUCAAUAAAGGAUUUUUUCUUAUU